UCGCACACUCGCUAUCCGUCGAUGAUCCACGAAGCAGUUUUUCGCUGGGGUUCACACACUGGUUGACAUCAAAACGCGUUUUUGAGUCUCUUGUUGAUUGUUCCCAAACGUUCCUCCGUUCCUCACCAUCUUCAGUUGCAAGUCUGUCAUCCCAGAAGUUCCAUCGACCAGUGUCUUGUGAAGAAAUCCAAUUGUCUUGUGAAGAAAUCGAGCUAUUUCAAUGCCAAAUGGGCAGAUGGCAAUAGGUUCCUAAACGUUCUUAAGAUAUAUAUAUACCAAGUGAUAGAAGGUAGUGUGACUUUCUUUCUAAAAUUAUCGCGGUAAUGACUUAUUUCAUUGCUUAUGUGAACAUCUUAUGUAUUCUCUUGUCAGUGAUAUUACGGUCAAUGCCACUUUUGAGAAUCGCGCGGGGCAAAAACGACUACAAUAUUUUUUUGUGGGAAAAUUGCUGAAAAGUCCUUAAGCAUUAAAAAAAUGUACAAUCAACCCACGCAGUGCUGUAAUGUUUAGAUUGUAGUCACUUACAUAUUUCUUAGGGGAGUCCCAGAACGAGUUCACCCUAAUUUUUUUUUCCCAAAUAAAUAAUCCAGAGACCAAGAGCAUGUGGAUAAAAUAUCGAGAUUGAAUGACUGAAUGGGAAUAAAAGGUGUGAGCCAGAGUGAACAAGAAAAACCCAUUUUGGUGUGACGACAGUCGAACCUUACGAAUGCAAAAUUUAUCGUGGCUGUGAUUCAUCUGCGUGGUAUGACAGGUGACAGUGUUUGUGCUGAAAGUGAGAGAACACCUUUGAGAAAUACCUGCGCUCCUGCAAGAACAGCCGAUCACGCUAUUCAGUCUUUUCAGAACGUCUCAGAAGACAGGACCAUGGAUCAGUCUAAGAGGAUACUCUUCAAAAUUGGAUUAGAUUUUCUACUUCUAUUCUGUGUGGGAUUUCCAAUAUUAAUAUUUUUCUUAUGGGGUGAGCCCUAUCAACGAGGUUUCUUCUGCGACGAUGAGUCCCUUAGGCAUCCAUUUCAUGAAUCAACCGUUCGAAAUUGGAUGCUGUAUAUAAUAGGUUUAAUCCUUCCCAUAUCCGUUAUGAUACUCACGGAGAUAAUUCUAGCAUCGAGAAACGGAUAUAGACCAAGUAAUAUAAGAAUUUUUAACUGGGAUGUACCCGAAUGGGUUAAACAGUGCUACAGUAAGAUUGGAAUCUUUGGCUUUGGAGCUGCAUGUAGUCAACUUACAACUGAUAUUGCCAAAUACUCCAUUGGACGUCUAAGGCCGCAUUUUUACAACCUUUGCCAACCGAUAAGAGCAGAUGGGACCACCUGCAAUGAUCCCCAGAACCAUGGCAUCUAUAUCGAAGAUUUUCACUGUAUAAAUGAACAAACCGACAGAUUGCUGAAGGAGAUGCGACUCUCCUUUCCCAGUGGUCACGCUAGUUUUUCCGCCUACACGCUAAUUUAUCUAGCGUUUUACCUUCAAGCUCGUAUGACCUGGUCAGGAUCGAAGCUUGUGCGUCAUGUGUUGCAGUUUGGCUUCCUGAUGAUGUUCUGGUUCACCGCAUUGAGUCGUGUUUCCGACUAUAAACACCAUUGGUCAGACGUUCUCGGUGGCGCUUUCAUUGGUGUUACUUGUGCCGUUCUUGUGGUACGCUAUAUUUCCGAUUUGUUUGUUAAUUCCACAAAAGAGGGAUCAUCUUUACCAAUUUCCCGGCGUGAUUUGGAUACACCAUCAAAUGGAGAAUUGUAGACAAUCAAAAAAAAAUUCCAAAUGUUUAGCAUUUUUUUAAAUAAGAAAUUUUUGAAAAAAAAAUUGUGCCACUCUUCAGCUAAUUCAAAAAGAAAAGUACUUUCAUUGUAUUUGAAAAUGCUUUUGAGCAAAUAUCAGUGAAAUUUUAAUAAUUAAAAAGAAUAAUUGAUAUCUAAUUAGAGAUAGUAAGUUAUAGUUUUAUCGAGAUCAUUAUUGUUAAGAGUUGUAGUUUUAGGUUUUUAUUGUUUUUUUUAAAUAAAUUAUCAUGUAGUACUUAUUAAAUCUUAUUAAAUGAAGAUUAUUAGGCCUACGUACUGAGACGUGCAAUAAUUGUCUUGAAUUUUACCUACAAAACUUUAUUAAACUAAUCAAUCGAAUUGAUAAAUGAAACAAAAAAAACUAAUUGUAGUUUUUAGGGACUUUUACAUUAACAUUCCACUUGUGAAAUUUACAGGCAUAGUAUUUCCAUGGUACCUAUGAAUUUAUUAAACAUACUCUUAUUCAAAAAAACAUACAUAUUUAUGUAAUAACUAAUGGAUAAAAUCCAAGCAAGGAAGAAAAAAAAACGAACAAGUUGUCACAGGAAUGUAAAAAUCUUUCAGAAAAAUAUAUUAAUGCUACUUUAUGACAA